AUGGCCGAGUACCGACUUCCCACCAAUGUCAAGCCCACCAAGUAUGCGAUCACAUUGCGUACUGAUCUCGAGAAGGAAGCGUUCUCUGGUGCUGUGCAGAUCAGUAUCGACUUCGUGAAGGCUGCAAAACAAAUCACGCUGAACGCAAUGAAGAAUCUCGUCCUGAGCAAUGAGUCGUUGACUGUCACCUCGAGCCCCGAUGCGUCUGGGUCCAUCAUCUUUGACGGAUCGUCGAAGGAAUAUGAUGAAGCCACGCAACGCGUCACUUAUAAACUACCUACCGAGCUACCUGCAGGAACAAAGGCUAUACUCAGCAUUGCGUUCGCUGCACCACUCACGGACAGUAUGCUCGGGUACUACAAGAGCUCUUCGCCCGUAGGUAUUUACACCCUGACUCACUUCGAGAGCACACAUGCGCGGCGCGCGAUACCAUGCUGGGACGAACCUCUGCUGAAGGCCGUGUUCUCCGUGACGAUGAUUUCGCGUGCGGGCACCGUCUCGCUCUCAAACACAUCUGCUCUCCCCAACACGCAACCAAACCCAUCUACCCUGGCCAAUUAUCUCCCUGCCAGCGUUGUCGAUGCACUCUACGAAGGCGUUGAUGCGGGAUCAUGGGUCACUACAACUUUCGAGGAUACACCACCCAUGUCGACCUAUCUCCUCAUCUUCGCCAAUGGCCAUUUCGAAUAUCGAGAGAGUAGCUAUACCAGCCCUAUCAGCGGCAAGACGAAGCCACUUCGAGUAUGGGCGACGAAAGAUAUUAUCAGUCAUACCCAGUAUGUUCUCGACGUGACUGCUCGCGCAGUACCAGUCUUCGAGAAAGUAUUCGAUGUGGAGUACCCAUUGUCCAAGCUCGACACACUCGUCGCGCAUGACUUCGAUAUCGGCGCCAUGGAGAAUUGGGGUCUUAUCACAGGUCGUACCUCUGCGAUGCUCGUUGAUACAAACAGCCAAGACCUCACUCGCCGCAUGCGCGUGGCAAGCACUCAGACUCACGAGAUCUCCCACAUGUGGUUCGGCGACAUCACAACGAUGGCAUGGUGGGAUAACCUGUACUUGAAAGAGGGUUUUGCGACCGUCAUGGGCGAAAGCAUCAUUCUCAAUCGACUCUUCCCUGAAUGGCGUCCCAACUCGCAAUUCAUCAACGAGAACUUGAACCAGGCCCUACGUCUCGACGCGAAACCUUCCUCGCAUCCGGUCGAAGUGCCAUUACCUGACCCGAACCAGAUCAACCAGAUCUUUGACUCCUUGUCGUACGCAAAGGGAGCGUCUGUGUUGCGCAUGUUGUCUGAAUACGUUGGCGAGGGGGACUUCCUCCAUGGCGUGAGCCUUUACCUCAAGAAGCAUAGCUACGGCAACACAGUCAGUGCGGACCUCUGGGAAGGAGUGGCACAAGCAACUGGGAAAGACAUCGGCGCGUUCAUGCACCACUGGGUUGCUUCCAUCGGCUUCCCAGUGCUUACAGUAACCGAGAACGAUGACGGGAAGAGUAUCUUGGUCCGUCAGGAUAGGUUCUUGGAGGACGGUAAACCAGAGGAGAAAGACAACCAGACCAUUUGGUCUGUCCCGCUCUCACUCAUAUCCUCCAAGGGCUCAGACCGCAGUGCUGUGCUCGACAAGCGCGAAGCUUCCUUUGAGGUUGAUAGCAGCAAGCCCUGGAAGCUAAACGGUGGAACCAUAGGCGUCUACCGCGUACUCUACACGCCCGAGCGUCUGCAGAAGAUUGCGGCUCAGGCUACCGCACCAGACAGCGUCUUUACCCUUGAAGACCGCAUCGGGCUUGUGCACGACGCGAUGGCAUUGGCCAAGUCUGGGCACUUGAAGCUGAGCGCCGCGCUCGCCCUUGUCAAGACCUGGGCAGGCGAGAGAGAGCAUCUCGUUUGGGAGGGCAUAUCCGACAAUCUCAGCUUUGUUGUGGGCACCUGGUGGGAGAAUGAACGCGUGCAAACACAACUGAGCGCCUUCCGCCGUACUUUGAUCGCACCAAUCGCGAAAAGACUGGGGAUCGACUAUGAACCCGGUGAAAGCCCUGACAUUACGCAGCUACGCAAGAUCGCUGUCGGUGAUGCUGCCGCGGCAGGCGAUGAAGCCCUGCUCGCCGAACUCAAGACGCGCUUCUCCAAGUACAUCGCGGGCGACGAGGGUGCUAUUCCUCCAGAUCUCCUUGCCAUUGCGUUCACUCAAGCUGUGAAGCAUGGCGGAAAGGAGGAGUAUGAAGGUGUGCUGAGAGUGUACGAGGCCGGGAAAGGACCAAGCGUGCACAUUGCUGCGAUACGUGCACUCGGCGCCACUCGGGACCCGGCUCUGCUGGAACAGACCCUAGACUUAAUCGGCUCAAAGUCUCGUAACCAAGACAUCGUCUACUUCUUCAGCGGACUGAACGCAAACUAUAAGGCGCGGCGCAGAGUUCGUGCCUACUUCGAGCAUGAAUAUGACUCGCUCAUCAAACGGCUCGAAGGAACAUCCGCCAUACGUAGCUUCAUCGGGUCGGUGUACUCGGUGUACAGCACCCAAGAAGAUCUCGAACAUGCAGAGGACUUCUUCAAGACGAAGGAUACAGCGUGGUUCAGUAUGGCACUCGCACAGGCCCUUGAUUCGAUCAAGGCUAGGAUCCGCUGGCUUGAGCGGUCAACGAAUGAUAUACAAGACUUCCUGGACGAGUGGGAAAAGAGCCCUUAG